CGGCUCUUGCGUCCCUGCGGGCGCUGAAACACAAAACCUUUCUUGGAAACAGAUUCCGGGAACCUCUGUCCGGCUGAACAGAGCUGCUGUCUCCUCUGCGCCUCACUCAGUGAGGGGAGCGCUUCAGUCGCACAUCCAGCGCUCAGCACGCUUAUAUAUAUUUGAAUCAUUUUGAAGGACUGAACCGAAAACUUUGGAGGACCGUUUAUUAUUAUUUUAUAAAUAAUAUUAUAAAUAUUCACUGCAGGGCUGUUUUUACACUGGUUUCAAUCCUUAUGGUUUUUCCUGAUUUGAGGUGUGCUGUCAGUCAGCAAUGGUUGUACAGGCGGUGACCAUUUUCCAUCAUGAGGAACAAAGAAAGUCAUCCUGCUCGGAUCCUGCCCCUUCAUCCUGGGACCCAGCAGAUGACCUCCGCUGCAUCACCACCACCUUCCAGUAUCUGCAGACUUCUGGUUGGUACUGGGGUCCCAUCUCAGCAAGUAAAGCUCGGGAAGCUCUCCUCACAAAGUCUGAAGGCACAUUCCUGGUGCGGGACAGCAGCCAUCCACAGUACAUGCUGGCUCUGUCAGUGAAGACUCGCUGUGGACCUACCAGCGUGCGUAUAGAGUACAGCAAGGGCUGUUUCUGGCUGGACUCUGUCUCCCCUGGCCUGCCUCAGCUGCAGUCCUUCCCAGAUGUUCUCAGCCUUAUACAGCACUACACCAGCUCAGGCCACGCAGCACAGGACCAGACAUCUAGUGACAUUCACCCCCAAAUGGAACCUGACCCUUCCCAGCCCGCAGCUAAAGACAGAGGAGUACCCCUGAAGCUGAAGCACCCGCUUCACAAACUGGAGGUUUUCCCUUCUUUGCAGCACCUGACACGCCUCACCAUCAACAGGCACACUAACUGCCCCAACCAGCUGCCCCUCCCAAAGCCUCUGCUCUUCUACUUGCAGGACUAUCCUUUCUCUAUAUAAUACCUGCCCCUCAGCGACAGGACAGUCAGACUGGAAUAUGGUCGCGUCGUUGAGCGGAUACUGUGAAUCGGGGACUCUUUGAUAUAUUUAUGUAUAAUAAACCACUCUUGACCUCACUGCUCAUGAAUGAGCUUAUUCUUACUGCACUGCUGCUGGUAUUCUUCAAUAAAUAUUCAAUUAUUUUUACAUGCCGACCCCAGCUACUGUGAAAUGUGCAAUGCCAAUAUGUGAGUUGUUUUCUUUCCUUCUUUUUUUGAUAAUGUGGCCCAGUGAGAAGAAAGCAGCUCCUAAACCAGCUGUUUUGAGUGUUCUUCAAUAAGGCAGCCUCCGCUUAUAAAUAAUAAAUCAGUGAAGAAAACAUCUACUCUGUGCUUUGUUGCUCUAGCAGAGAUGACAGUAAUAAUUUGGGGUUUCGUAACUUAAACAGUUUUUCUCCAUGCCGGAGCCCAGUGAAAGAGAUUAAAACUCCAAAAUAAACACAAACAGAUGUGUAAACUGCAAAACAAGACAAAACAACAUGUGAGACAAAUAAAGGAACCAUGCAGAGUGUGUACCCAGAGUUCUGCUGUCAAUUCAGUGUUUGCAUAUAAUGUGAUGUGGACUUCUUUAGUAUUCACAAUCCUGACAGAAAUCUGAUAUCUUUCAUUUCCAGAAAGGAAACAUAAACAAAUCAAAUGCUCUUCAACAAAUGCAAAAGCCAACAAAGAGGGCCUGUUUGUAGCUUGUAGAAGAGGAUUAUAAAUACCAUUUCUGAGAAUUAAAUCUCGGAAAUGUUUGUUUUUCCAGCUGUUGUGUGUGUGUGUGUGUGUCUUUCCCUCCCUCCCCUCUUCUGAAUUACUGGUCACUUGAGCACACAGAUAAAUGUGAGGUAUUACUGUUUUCAUGGAAGCGCAUCUGAGCUCGUUUCCACGAGUUGGAACUGAGCAGCGCAGAAAAAGCCUCUUAUCAGGAUUAGAGUAAGUGCUGCGGUUAUUAAUACACUGCUGCACUGCCAGCUCACGCUCUGUUUGUGUGCCUUUCAGCUCCGACCUGCCGCCGAAAGGCUUAAAUCAUUUCUCAGGCCACAGUUAAAUGAUCGGGAUAAGCAGAAUAAAAUCUCUAUCGAGAUCACAUUGAUAUUUAUCAGAAUGAGGCUCCUUCAUUGGGAUUUACUGCAAAAUUGCUGAUACAGGAGGAGAGCUCAGGUUGAAGUAAAUGUUGCAGCAGCUCAGUGUAGAAAUACUUCAUUACAAUUUAAAAUUCUAUUUAAGUAGUGACUAAAGUAAAUGAACUUAAAGGAUCAGACCAUUAAUACUCAUGAAACAGAUAAGUCAGUCUAGAGCAAAUUCUUACUGGCAGCUGGAUGUCAGUAAAGUUACUGUAAAAAGUGACAGUAAAAACUUUUUACAGUAAAAAAAACCUUUCUGUAAAUGAUGUAAUUGCAUUUACAAUAAAGUUGCUAUAAUU